CUUUACCUUGGGUCCAUUCUAAUCAGUGGAGGAAGAAAGGCUGCAAGGUGGGCCUCGAUCUCGGUUUUCCGCGCCAAGCAUGACUAGUGACGGCCCCUGAGGGACUCGCAGGGCCCCGACUCUUGGCCACGCGCGCAGGCAUCUUGGAUGGUGUUUGGACGCAGGCAGGGCAGCUGCGCGUUCGGCAGGCAAUGGUGAGGGUCGUCGGCGGUCAGGGCAGGCUGCUCUCAGGGUAGGCCUGAAGUGCGCAGCCCGGCCAGAUGAUACGGUGACGAAAGAUGAGCGAGUCCUCUGGCGUGGAGGCACCCAACGCCAUGCCCCACAAGCACUGGCACUACCCCAAGCCCAAUGGCGUCAUCAUCGACAGAAUCAAAGAGGAGAACAACCUCAACACCAUCCCCGAAGAGGGCGGCCUCAGAAACAACGAAAGUUGCCAGACGCAGGCCCUCAACUUGUUCAACGGCCCUCAGCAGGGCCAGGAAGACGAAGGCUCGCUCUCAGACUCCGAAGUCAGCAGAAUCUCAGCCGCCGGCGUGAACAUGCGUCUGAAGAAGAAGAAGCGCGUUUCGAGCAGCAGCGGGCUGACGUCGCAGUCGUCGACCGUGGACGAGGACAGCCGGGACGCCGAGCGUCCCAUGUCCUGGGAGGGCGAACUGUCCGACUCGGAGAUGAGUCGGCUGGACGAGGCGAUCGUCGCUGGUCGAGGUGCCAUUGUUGCCGCCGCGCAGGCCAAUUCCCUGCAGUUGGAGCGCGGCCAACGUGAUCAGUAUUCUCCUUACAAAUUGCAGCAGCAGCAACAGCAGGAGUACGAAGAAGAAGCGUCGAUGGAAGGAGUGCAAUGCGGCGGAGCGUCGCCCACGCGCUGCUCGCCGCCCAUGCCGGUUCUCCUCGACAUCAAACCGCCUCCUAUGACGGAGAAAGGAAUGCAGGUGGCCGCGGGGAACGCGGAGCACCGGGAGGAAUCAGUAUUGAAGGGGAGUUCGCUGCCCCCGGGGCUGCCGUACACCCCUUCGCAGAGCCCGUUGACCCAGCGGCACAUGCUGCUGAGCAAGUCGCAGCACCACCCGCCGACGCCGAGCCCCGACUCGGCCAUCCACUCGGCCUACUACAGCCCCACGCAGUCGCCCGUGGCCUCGAGACACCCCCUCAGCUCGUCGGGCUUCAGCAGCCCCUACUCGACCAGACACGCGACGCCCUCGUUGUCCAGGACCAGCUCGGACGCGUCCCAGUACUCGCAGCACUCGACCGGCUCGUGCUACUCGUCGCCCGCCCAGUUCUCCUCCCCCUCGCACAGCCCCGUCCAGGCCCGCCACCCCCUCCACCUCCUCGCCGCGCACAGGGACUUUUCUGUCCAGCCCAACCAGGGCGUCGUCGUCUACGCCAGGUCCGACGACGACAAGCUCGUCUAUCUUCACGACCCCGUCCACCACGAAGGACAAUACUUGAGGGACGACGUGGACGACCAGCCGAGUCUUUCGUCGGGCGCAGGCAUCUCGCGGCAGCAGCUCAUCAACUCCCCCUGCCCCAUUUGCGGAGACAAAAUUUCCGGUUUCCACUACGGCAUUUUCUCGUGCGAAAGCUGCAAGGGUUUCUUCAAGAGGACCGUCCAGAACCGCAAGAACUAUGUCUGUCUGCGUGGGUCGGCCUGUCCGGUCACCAUCGCCACCCGGAAGAAGUGUCCGGCGUGCAGAUUCGACAAGUGUCUCAAGGCCGGCAUGAAACUCGAAGCAAUCCGAGAGGACAGGACAAGAGGUGGCCGAAGCACGUACCAGUGUUCGUACACCCUGCCGACCACCCUCAUCCCCCCUGGCAGCUCAGGCAUGGACCAGCAGCACUCGCCCGAGAAGCUGGCGUCGCCGAACCUCGCACCUUCCACCUCAGCUCACCACUCGCACGCAUUUCAGGCAGCUCAAAUGUCGGCCCAGCGAGAGCAGACCAGGGUCAAAAUGGAGAACAUGGCCGCCUCCGAAGCCAGAGCCAGCAGCAACGGUCUGCACUGCGUCGUGCCGCAGCUCCUACAAGAAAUCAUGGACGUGGAGCACUUGUGGCACUACGAGCAGAGCGGGGGUCCGUCUUCGAGGAGGGCGAGGACCGCGGCCGAGAUGGCCCUUUUGGCCUCCACUGGGGAAGACUCGAGUUCCGCCUCCAACCAAGACAUCCUUCAAGCCGCUGCUGCGUCAAACGGCAGCACCGAUUUCAUUCAGAAUCUUUGCUCCAUCGCUGAUCACAGACUGUACAAGAUCGUCAAGUGGUGCAAGAGCUUGCCUCUUUUCAAAUACAUAUCCAUUGAUGACCAAAUAGCUCUGCUAAUAAACGCCUGGUGCGAGCUGCUGUUGUUUUCCUGCUGCUUCCGCUCAAUGUCGUCUCCUGGAGAGAUCCGCGUUUCCCUGGGCAAGUCUUUGUCCCUGGAGAAGGCCCGCGCGCUCGGCCUCGGGCCCUGCAUCGAACGCAUGCUCAACUUCACCGAGCACCUGCGCCGCCUCAGACUGGACAAGUACGAAUACGUAGCGAUGAAGGUCAUCGUUCUACUUACUUCAGACACUUCUGACCUGAAAGAGCCUGAAAAGGUGCGAGCGUCUCAAGAAAAAGUAUUGGAGGCCCUUCAGCAUUAUACCUUGCAAAGGUACCCCGACCUGCCAUCCAAAUUCGGCGAGCUGCUGCUGCGGAUUCCUGAACUGCAGAGAGCCUGUCAGAUCGGCAAAGAAAUGCUGAGCCUGAAGAACAAGGACGGGGAAGGCUCGUCCAGUUUCAACCUGUUGAUGGAGCUGCUCAGAGGAGACCACUAACAAACUUUGUGCCACAAAGUCCAGUGUGCCUUAGGCCUUCGAAGGCAGGUUCAGCGAAGAGACACACACACUUGGAAUCGCUGUUAAGUUUGAGGAGACUUACUUGCGCCGCCGAUAAUACUUAGUAGCAUAAAAAAAAAACAGGAAUAAUAUGGUGUUUGUGGACAGUGCUGUAGUUUGUAAGAUGAGAUAACCCCCCUCGCGUAAUUGUGGCCAACUUUUGUUACUCUUUCUUAAAUCUGUUUACUCUCCCAUAGUGAUAUUCGAUUACUUAAUCUGACGCCUAACAAUUGCGAAUCUUGGAUGUGUAGCUAGAUUGUAAUCAGUGUUUAGAGUUAAAAUUGUGCAACAAGAAAAGAAGAAGUCAGUCCAGCUGAAUGAGUGCGCGCUUUCUGAGGGCUUUGGCGAGCUUUCCGUGGCAAAGCCUGUCGCAAGUCUGAAUUAUUGAAAUGUUGCGAGAAGUUUUUUUGUUAUUUCUGACAGAAAAUUUUUUUGAUUUUCCUGUGCCAAAGUGGUCGAGCCUUCUUGAUCGUCGAAAGGGACAAAAUUUUUUAUAUAUUUGUACGGCAGAAUUUGGCGGUGACCUGACAUGCGUGUGCUGAGCUCUCCAACUUUUGAUCCUGUGGUUACUUGUUGGACGAUGAUUUUUAUCACACAAUAUACGUGAUUGUUGAUUUUUUCUUUUCA